UGCGACGCAUAGCCGUUCCAGGACGGAACUACUCCGACCUGAAGAUUCGCCGGAGACGGGGAGCCGCUGCCGGAUCAGCCUCGGUCGGUCCGUACUCGCCGAUCAUCUCUCAUUUCGUCCUCGUUUUCGCUCGUCGGCGCAAGCGACCCGACGGUUUCGCCGCUCUCGGCAUCGAAAUUCGCUCUUCUUACGUCCCGUCUCGGCUCGCUGGGAUUCGCGAGACCAGGGAGGAACCGCAAGCUGGAGCGAAAGGGGCUUCUCCUCCGCCGCGGCGGCUCCAUGGAAGAUCGCCGGCGAGGACGCCCCGGGAUUUGUCUGGGACUGGGAAUGCUGAUGAUCGCGUUUGCAUCGUCGGCGACGAGCGAGGAGGAAACGCCUAGCUUAGACGGCUAUUCCACGGCUUCUGAUGCAUGUGCCGUCCCUUGCCGCGAGAAAUGGGUUGCGAAAGCUUACUUUGACAAGUUUGGAAGUUUAGAAGAUGCCGCUUUCGAACAUUAUAGGGAUGCCGAGCUUACUCGUUGCUCCUGCGAAAUGCAGCCUUUGGAUCUACGUGACGCGUUCAAACUGUCUGAUUUGGAUCGCCGUCUGACUGGCGAUGGCUCUCAUCGGAGUCUCUUUACAUCUAUUAGGAUUAGUGUUGAUGAAGAGCUUGCAGCCAAGUCGCCUUUCCGCUUCUGUGAGGUUGUACUCGUCGAAAGACUGCCCUCCGGAGUGUUUGCUGACCCGUUUGAGCUGCAACACAUUCGGGACCGUGGAGUAUAUGGUGAAGUUGCUGUCUUCGGAGAUGCGAAUUUGGAGUUGCCGUCAUUUCUUUCAAAUCGUACGCUUGUUGAGGUUCACAUGUUUUUUAGCCCCAACAACCUGUUGGAACAGAUGAAUGGACUCGAAAUCAAAGUAGACGUUCCAGUACAUGCGCGCUAUCAGGCCCUAGAUGGAAGUGGCUAUUCAGCAGUUCAAUUUGGAGAACCAGAUGUUUUUGCACGUUGCAGCAUGGAGCAAAGGUCAAGCAAUCAAUCCCAUUUCUUUGUUUUGACCAGUAAUGGUGCUGCUAUAUCUUAUAAGAAUCCUAUAGUUUGGAAAAUACCCUCAGGCAUAGAAACACAUGCUGGAUUUGUAUCUGUUGUUACCUUUCUUUCAGCCUCAUUAUCUGCCCUUGUGAUAAUUGUGGCAUCUGUCUUUCAUUCCGGCAUCAAACUGCACAAAAAUGUGAAAACAUUGUAGUUCGUCGGGAGCAACUUACUGUACAAGCAUUUAUAGAGAGGCUAUUAGUCUCUGUGAGGAUGUGAGUUUAGAGUUUAUCCUUGCAUUUCGCAAUUUUUCCGCAGUUGUAUGUUUUCAAGUUUGGUAGUUGAGAAUUAAAUGCUCAUAUGUUGGGCAUGAGAUGAAAUGAAAAUUGUGCUCCCACUAAUUGGUGCAACAA